UUCCCCUAGCUAACUUUAUCCCCCCCUCUCUCUCUUCUCUUGAUCUUUCUCUCUCGGUUCUAGGGUUUCUUCCUCUAAACUUUCACCCACUGUUACCGAAAACUUGAUCGAAACAGCCACUACCAUGGGGUCGAUCCCCGAUCCAGGCGAGUUAACUGAGCUAACUCGGCCCAGCUUUGACGAGUUCCAGCGUCAAACAUCACUGAUGACGAGCUGCACUCUCCUAUGGAAAGAACUCUCCGAUCACUUCACUUCACUGGAACAAAACCUCCAGAAGAAAUCAGAAGCUCUGAAACACAAAAUCCAAACCCUAGACACCCAAACAAAAGCUUCCCUUGCUUCGCUCAAGAAGCGCGAGGUAACAAUCGACGGUAGCGUCGAGAUCGCACUAGAGCGCGUCGAAGAACGCAGGGAACUAGCUCUCAAGUCACUGUCAGAUCCUGAUUAUGAAAAUCCGGAUGGAGAGGUGGAUGAUGGAGAUGGAUCUUUUAUGGUUUUGAAGUCUCUCUGUUUGACAAUGGAGUCGCGUGAGUUUUGGAAUUUUGUGAUUACCAAAAAGAAGGAAAUUGAAAUUUUGAGGAAGCAAAUUCCUUUGGCUCUAGCUGAGUGUGUGGAUCCGGCAAAGUUUGUCAUAGAAGCGAUAUCGGAGGUUUUUCCGGUGGAUAAAAGAGGGGAAAGAAGUGGUGAAAAGGGAAAUGAUUUAGGCUGGGCUUGUGUGUUAAUCUUGGAGAGUUUGAUUCCGGUUGUCGUGGACCCAGUAAUCGGGAAAUCCAGGUUGUUAGUUACGCCUAGUGUUAAGGAAAGAGCGAAGGAGAUAGCGGAGACUUGGAAGAAGAGUUUGGAGGAAAGAGGUGGGAUUGAGAAUGUCAAGACUCCUGAUGUGCAUACUUUCUUGCAGCAUUUGGUGACUUUCGGGAUUGUGAAGAAGGAUGAUGUGGAUUUGUACAGGAAGCUUGUUGUUGGGUCUGCUUGGAGGAAACAAAUGCCUAAGCUUGCUGUCUCUCUUGGGUUGGGUGAUAAAAUGCCUGAUAUGAUUGAAGAAUUAAUCAGUAGGGGACAACAGCUAGAUGCAGUGCAUUUCACCUAUGAAGUUGGCCUUGUGGAUAAAUUCCCCCCUGUACCCUUGCUGAAAGCUUUUUUGAAGGAUGCUAAGAAGGCUGCAGCUUCUGUAUUAGAGGAUCCUGAAAAUACUGGUCGAGCUGCGCAUCUUGCUGCACGAAAGGAGCAGUCAGCCCUCCGGGCUGUUAUUAAGUGCGUUGAAGAUUACAAACUAGAGGCACAGUUCCCUCCAGAAAACCUUAAGAAACGCCUUGAACAACUUGAGAAGGCCAAGACAGAGAAGAAAAGGCCAGCUGCAGUUCCAGCCAACAAACGAACACGAGCCAGCAAUGGUGGCCCUAUGCCCCCAGCCAAGGCUGGUCGCUUGACGAAUGCAUAUGUGUCAUCUUUUCCUGCACCUCCAACUUUUGUCAGGUCUCCCUCACAUACACAAUACCCUACUGGGGUACCAGCAUAUCCUUCUCCACCGGCUGUUUAUGGCAGCAGGAGUCCACCAUCUCCGUAUGCUUACUCUCCUGAGGCUGCCGCUCCAAUUGCUGGUUCAUACCCUGUAGCUCCUUUGAAUUAUCCAGCAUAUGGAGGGUAUGGCAAUGGUUUCGCACCAGCUUAUCAGCAGGCUUACUACCGAUAGACAUGACUACUCGAUGAUGGUAACCACUGAUAUGAUGACUCCAAUCUCAUUUGCUUUCUCAACUGGCUUGUUUGUAAUCACUAACCGUCUUAACGGUAGCAACAAUCCGUGUGUGUUUAAUUAUAACUGUUCUACUUCUUGCUUUGCCAUGGUGAGAAGUUGUAUUUCUAAUAUUGAUCAAACUCUAGCACUAGGUGAUUGUGGAAAGUAAUCAUGAUGGAAGCAUAACAAUGUCAAUGAGCUGAAAGUACUACCACUGUUACUAGGGUUAGUUGUAGAAAGACUAUUUCUUGCUAUCC